GUGAUAUACGGGCAACUGAAAACCUGGGACUUUCUGCUUUGCACACUGUCUUUUUAAGAGAACACAAUCGCAUAGCUAGAGAGCUGAAGAAGUUAAAUCCUCACUGGGAUGGAGAAAAGCUUUACCAGGAGACUCGAAAGAUCAUAGGUGCUAUAAUCCAGAUAAUAACAUACAAAUACUAUCUUCCAUUUCUGCUCGGAGAGGAGAUUGGCAAGUGGAUUCCACCAUACAGUGGCUACAAUGAGACUGUGGAUCCUACAGUGGCAAAUGUUUUUUCCCUGGCUUUUCGGUUUGGUCAUACUUCAGUAUUGCCUCUUGUAUCCUAUUUAGAUGAAAAAUUUCAACUGUUAGAUCAGACUCCUCUUCACUUGACUUUUUGUGCUUCCUGGAGAAUUAUUAUGAAAGGUGGCAUUGACCCACUCUUACGAGGAAUGAUGUCUGAUCAUGCAAAACUGAUAAAACAGACUCAACUGCUCAUUGAGGAGCUCCGGAAUCGCCUAUUCGAACAGACAGCGAUAAUGGGUUUGGAUCUAGCAGCCCUAAACAUGCAGAGGGGAAGAGACCAUGGUCUUCCAGGGGUAUGA